AUUUUGAAGAGGAAAAGCCCAGUAUGAAGAAGAAUCUCUCAAAAGUUUCUGGUAGAAAUAAGAAGAAGAAAGGAGAUUGUGACACUGAAGUUCAUAGCCUACCAGGUAGAUCUUCAAGGCAAAAAGGAGCAAAAUCAGUAGCGAAAGAGGAAAAUAACAUAGAUGUAAAAAACAAAGGGAAUCGUAACAAAGGGGAAAUGUGCAGUGCUUUACCGAGCCCCUCUCAGAAGGAGAUGACUUUGAAGAGACAAUCAACUAUUAAAAAAGAAAUGGAUGAAGAUGAUGAUGAUGGAGAUGGAAGUGAGGAUGAGUGGGAGGAUGUGGAAGAGCUCGAAGAUCCUGUCCUGGAUAAGUCAGGAGAAGCUGCUGCCCUUCCUGCACUGAUGUUGCCCAGCAAACCAGUUGAGAUAGAAAUUGAAACUCCAGAGCAGGCAAAGAAGAGAGAGAGAAGAGAGAAAAGGAAAGCCGAGUUUGAGACUUAUCUCCGGAGAAUGAUGAAACGCUUCAGCAAGGCGGUUCAUGAAGAUACGCAUAAGGUUCACCUACUAUGUUUGCUAGCAAAUGGUUUCUAUAGGAACAGGGUCUGCAACCAGCCAGAUCUUCAGGCUAUUGGCCUUUCCAUCAUCCCCACCCACUUCACUAAAGUGCCUGCAGGUCGUGUAGACCUUCUCUACCUCUCCAACUUGGUGAAAUGGUUUGUUGCAACCUUCACUAUCAACACUGAACUCUCUGUUGAUGAUCGAGAGAGCCUGCAGUCCACUUUAGAGAGACGCUUCGCCAUCUACGCUGCAAGAGAUGAUGAAGAGUUGGUCCAUAUGUUUUUACUUAUUCUACGAGCGUUACAGUUGCUGUGCCGGCUUGUGCUGUCUCUGCGACCCAUUCCCCUGAAAGAGCCAGCGGGAAAGGGCAAGAGCUCCUGCAAGAAGCACUCUGCCAAAAAACCUAAGGCUCCAUCAAGAAAAAGCUCCUGCAAAGGAGCCAAGCAACAGGAGACUCUAUCAGGGAGUGAAGGAGCUGACAAGGAAUCAAACACCUCUGGAACCAAAAGGAAAAGUAAGUCAAAGGUGAUCAAGGAUUGCCAGGAACAAAAGGAAUCCAGUGAUGAUGAAAGCAACCUGGGGGAAGAGGAAGGAGCACACAGGCCCAGAAACAAUUGCCGACGAAGAGUGACCUUGAAAGUGUCUUACAAAGAGGAGAGUGGAAGUGAUGAGGGCAGUGAUUCUGAGUUUGAGGCUUCGGAGGAGGAGGACAGUCAUUUCUCUGAUGAGGAUUUUGAAACUGUGUCUAAGAAGCAGAAAAGAUCAUCGGGGCCCCAUAAAGCAAGGUUAGCGGUUGAAAACAGCAGGAAAAACAGGUCUCUGGAAUCAAAGGGGCCCAAGAAUUCAGAUGGAAAUGAGCAAUUGCUGGCAAAAGCAGCUUCUCCAGGCUCUUCUAAUACACCCAGGAAGAGGAACAAAAUCAUAUCUAGUGACGAUGAUGGGGAGCAGGAGGUGGUGAAAGUGACAGGCACAGAUCAGUGGUUGGAAAUCUUUGUUGAGCGGGAAGACAGGUGGGUGUGUGUGGACUGCGUUCGUGGCAUCGUUGGCCAGCCCUCUAUGUGUUUCAAAUAUGCCACCAAGCCAGUUUCCUAUAUUGUGGGGAUUGACAGCAACGGGCACGUAAAGGACGUAACACAAAGGUACGACCCAGCAUGGAUGACUUCGACAAGGAAAUGUCGUGUGGAUCCCCAGUGGUGGGAAGACACGAUGGAACCAUAUAGAAGCCCCUUUGUGGAAAGAGAGAAGAAGGAAGAAAGGGAGUUUCUAGUUAAGCUUCAAGACCAACCGCUGCCGACAGCCAUUGGAGAGUACAAAAAUCACCCUCUUUAUGCAUUGAAGAGGCAUAUCCUGAAAUAUGAGGCCAUCUAUCCUGAGAGUGCUGCUAUCCUAGGAUACUGCAGAGGAGAGGCAGUAUAUUCCAGAGACUGUGUGCACACACUGCACUCCCGGGACACCUGGCUGAAGCAAGCUCGAGUGGUGAGGAUUGGGGAAGUGCCCUAUAAGAUGGUGAAAGGAUUUUCCAACCAGGCAAGGAAAGCACGACUGGCAGAGCCUUCAAACAGGGAGAAAGACGAUUUGGGGCUGUUUGGCCUGUGGCAGACAGAGGAGUACCAGCCUCCUGUGGCAGUGGAUGGAAGGGUUCCCCGGAAUGAAUAUGGAAACGUGUAUCUCUUCCUGCCCUGUAUGUUACCAAUAGGCUGUGUGCAGCUAAAGCUUCCCAACCUGCAUAGAGUGGCACGGAAACUGGACAUUGACUGUGUUCAAGCCAUCACUGGAUUUGAUUUUCACGGUGGCUACUCACACCCAGUUACUGAUGGCUACAUAGUCUGUGAAGAAUACAAAGAGGUGCUCAUCGCAGCCUGGAAGAAUGAACAGGCGGAGAUAGAAAAGAGGGAAAAGGAGAAAAGAGAGAAGAGAGCACUGGGGAACUGGAAAUUGCUGGCAAAAGGACUUCUCAUAAGAGAGAGACUGAAGCAACGCUACUGCAGAAAGAGUGAGGCAUCCGGCUCCAUGAUGGAGAAAGGAGCUGGAUUUUCUUCUGAUGAAGAAGGGGAGCCAAGUUCAGAGACUCCAGCCGAAGAUGUGGUUGUUUCUUGGCCUCAGAAUCGGCAAGUGGAUGAACAAAGAAAAGAGAAAAAAGGCAGAAAGAGCAAGCGUGAAAAGAAAGGAGAAGUAGCGCACUUGUUCCCCUUUGAGAAGUUGUGACCAGAACUGAGUGCUAAACUCUUUGCAUUCAAUUUCCCGAUGCAAGGACGAAGGUGGUUGGUUUCUUUAAAACCAUCUUGUAAAUAAUUUCAGAGCUAGAAAAUGUUUGAUGUUUUCUACUAGCUGUCUACUUGAGACUGAAUGAGUCAUAAUUAUAUAAUUAGAGCAAAGAGCAGAUGUGGCAGUAGAUAAAAAUACAUCACAACAGGA